AUGGCACAAAUAUUUGACAAUGAUGAGCCCUUUGUUUACCGAUUAAACGAUAAUGGGUUUGGACCAAGCCUCCUUAUAAAGGUUUGUACUGAACGUGGCUGGCGAUUGUACCAGGGAUACAAUGGAAGCGAGGAGAAGUGGAAUCUUUGGUGGCGAAAUAGUGCUUUCCCAGCCACUUCUUACAAGACUUUAGGUGAUUGGCAGUUUAUGAAUCAUAUUCCAAAAGGUGGUUCGAUAUGUAGAAAGGAUAGUCUGUCUCGACUGCUGCGAUGUAUGAGAAGAGUUUAUGGAUCGAUUUACGACUUCAGUCCGCCGUGCUUCCACUUGCCCCUUGAAUAUGCGAAGUUGGUUUCCGAGUGUUCUCGUUUAAGGCGCAGUGAAGAAGCUGACGGUUCCAGUGUAGUAUGGAUACAUAAGCCAGUCGCACAGAGCCAAGGCCGAGGAAUUUUCCUCUUUAGGAGUGUGUGUGACAUGCGCUGCGGCAGUCCAGCUGUAGUUCAAAGAUACAUCGAGCGACCGCUACUGAUUGCUGGAUACAAAUUCGAUCUACGGUUAUACGUGUGCGUUCCCGGAUAUCGACCGCUCACUGCGUAUAUGUACGCAGAGGGACUCGCAAGAUUCGGAACAGAUAAAUAUACCUUGUCUGAUAUACACAACCCAUAUAGACAUUUGACGAAUUCUUCACUCAAUAAAACGGGACCAAGGUACUCAGAAUGCAAGGAUAGAAUAGGAAGUGGGUGUAAGUGGACGUUGAAGCAAGUGAGACGGGCUCUAGUCGGUAGAUGGGGUGCCAUUGAAUGGCUCGUCUGGCAAAGAAUAAGAGCUCUUGUGACGUUAACAUUAUUAGCGCAAGCCGCAGGGACGCCCCCUGCGAGAAAUUGUUUUGAAUUUUACGGUUUUGAUGUACUUCUUGAUGACUCUAUGAAACCUUGGCUUAUUGAGGUGAACCUGUCGCCCGCUCUCGGCGCGGACUGUGAGGCGGACGUCAUUGUGAAACAACCCAUGCUACAUGAACUGUUCGACUUGCUAGGCCUGCCUAUGAGACACACUGGCCUCUCUCUGCUCCAGGGCCCUACACCGCAUCUUCAUAAUUACAGUUCAGAAGAUGAGAGCGGAGCGCUACGAGUGACCGCGUCCCGCGAGACGGCAUUAAGACGCCGCGGGACGCGUCGCCAGCGCCGACGGCGUGCACUCCCCGUACACUGCGUCACUUUACAACCCCCCAUGAGUGACAAGUUUCCAAUUAUAGAUUUGCCUGAGAAACCAAAAGAUUAUCAAACGGGUCUUUUAUCGAAAAAUUCGUCUGAAAGUCCCGACGCUACGGACCAGUCAUCGACGAGCGUGAGUGGGGCUACUACAGAGGUAGUGGACGAGGCCUGGCGCGGCGGGUAUGCGACGGCGGCGUCUCGCCGGAAGAUGCUUAGUGCGUGCUCGUGGGGUAACGGCGUGCGCUGGGACCGCGCCGCGGGCCGCGUUGGCCAUUGGGUGCGGAUAUAUCCCCACACGUUGUUGGUAAAUGAUGAUCAGUUACAAGUGGAAGACACGAGAGAAAGUGUUGCCCAAGUGUCAAAGUUACUGCGUGCUGCACGUGAGGUCGCACGGGACGGCGGGCGGGAUAAACAAGUCCCGCGCGACGGAGGCUGUGACGCGUUUUUCGAAACAGCACUUCGAAGAAAACUCACAUGCAGUUCUAACUUCGAAGUAUGGUUACCACCUUUCUAAUGUGUUCAAUUUUUUGUUAGUUAGCCUUAAUAAAUGCUUGCUCAAA